AUGACGGCCAAACAUCAGCCAUGGUGUUCUCUUCAGGAGACCAUCCAACUCAACCAAUUCUACAGCUUGGAUGAGGCCCAAUUGCUUAGGCAGAUCGAACAAGCUUUCCAACCAGAACUGGGGCGGCUAAAAUGUGCACGAGCGGUCGAAGGCACCGAACAGCAACGGCAGGCCAAUGGCACAGCUGACCGACCGACUCCCUCGCAGAUCCUCUAUGGGACCAACUACGACGAGAUCAACCGAACGCUUGUUGGUAUCCUGGCGUUGCGCUGGAUUCAUAACGGCGACUAUGAACGAUUUACUUGCGGCCAGCAGGCCGAGUAUCGGUUGACCAGAGAAUCAUUCGAAUGGCUGGGUCAGUUGUUCGCGGCUGGUCUCCAAUGUGCAGAUGAUCUGUUUGCUCUUGUGCUGUCGAUGGUCAUCAACGACCUGGGAAAAGACCCCAAUCUUGAAGUGGACUAUUUCCACACAACUCACCUUCAAUUACCGGAGAAGAAUCAUGACAGUCUACUGCUAGAGGCUGCCAAGGCUGGCAUGAUUCCUGCCCUAGAUUAUCUUAGUCCCGAAAAGCGACAGGAGGUCAUGCUGGGAUUGGACCUCGGUUCUGAACUCAAUGCGGGUCAACUCGCACAGGCGGAAAGUGUCCCAGUCAACUUAGAAGGCCUUCUCGACAUGAGAGGUCACGAACACGCGUUCAACUUGAAAUUCUUGGAGCAAAUUCUCGACGUUGCCGGCGCGGCUGGACACAUAGAUUCGAGGGGGGCCAAAAACCUGAUCGAACCUGUUUUCCAGGCGUUCAAAACAGUCCACGAAGUUUCGCUGGACAUCAUAGCCGGCAGGUCCAGUCUGCGGCAAGGGUAUGAUAAGGUCCUCACGAAGAGGGGAAACAUGCUUUUCAUCAAAGGCUUCCGUCGGCUGAGCGUCAGUGAUAAGGAGGACCGGGCACUGUUGAGGUUACUGACAAUGGGCCGCACAGCCGAUCUUGAGCAAGCAGAAUUGUUUUCCAAGGCGUUCCACGGACUGGACAAACGAGAUAAGGAACAGCUCGUCGCUGGCCUUAAUGUCGAUGGGAAUGUAAAUGAGACUGCGGUGCUCCCUUACUACAUGCCCGCCAUCAUUUCCACUGCGCUGCAAAACACAAAAGACUCUGACGACAACAGCAAAGCGAGAGCACUCGCAAGCCUGAUGAGAUACCUUGCCAAAGUCUUGGGCAGCCCUGGGGUAGGCUUGCCUGGCUUCGCGGGAGAUGCUGUCUACAACGGCGAGGUCCCUGGGAUCAUUAUAGAACGGAACAUGUCGAAAGCGCAGCAUGUCAUCAACAGUCCAGAAUUCAGAAACAACCCGGAUCUGUUGGACGGCCUAGCCAUCCCUGAUGGUCAAGUGCUUCAACGACGAAGGACCAGUCAGACUUGGUAA